AUGAUUGGGUGUUUGUCACAACGUUUAAGACGACAAGCUUUGCGUGAUAAUCCAACUCUCAAAGAUCUACUAGCCAAGGGAAGAGCACAAGAGCGAAGCGAAGCACAAGCCGAAGCCGUAGAAAAGGGCGUGUCACCCGUAAAUUCCAUCAAACACGAGCAAAGCCAAAGAGACGCGAGAAACAAAAAAAAUCACGAAAAAUAUCAACAAUCGAAGUCCAGAUACUUUGGGAACGCUGGAAAUCAACAAACACCCCCCGGAAAUCGACAAUUUCCAACCAGAAAUCGACAAAUACCCCCGGGAAAUCAACAAAUACCUGAUCAACAAUGUCGCAAUUGUGGUGGAAUUUUUCCACAUAACGGUGACUGUCGAGCAUGUGGUCAUUUUGCCAAGGUUUGCAGAUCAAAACCCAAACGACGCGAAAUCCACCAAGUAUCGGAAACCCCAUCAGAGGAACCCCAAUAUCUAUUCACCUUGCAGAAUAACCAUCAGCACAAUACGUCACCACUCUGUGAAGUUUACAUAGCUAACGAAGCAGUCCAAACCAUCAUCGACUCGGGUGCCUCUGUCAAUGUUAUCGAUAAUCCACUUUCGAAAAGAUUCGAAAGCGCAACAAAAACGCAGUGCUCACUACACCCCGAUCCAAGAUAUUCACAUAUGGCUCAAAUAUGGAACUGCCACUCCUGGGCAUGACUACAGCAGAAAUUCGUUUCCAGUCCACCACCGUCAACGCAACCUUCUAUGUCACAAAUGGACAAAAUGGUAAUCUCUUGAGCUGCAACACUGCCGAAAGUUUAGGAAUCCUAAAGAUAACGAUAAACACUGUUUUAGAUACCCCCAACAUACCUCCCGAGCAAAAUUUUCCAGACUUGUUGGAUGGAAUUGGCAAGAUAAAGGACAAGACAAUCAAGUUGCAUAUUGAUCCCGAGAUUGAACCUAAGGAACAGUCUCACCGCCGUAACCCAUUUCAUAUUCGUCAAGACGUUGAAAGAGGACUUAAACGCCUAGAAGAUCUAGAUAUUAUCGAAACAGUCGAAGGCCCCACCCCUUGGGUGAGUCCAAUUGUCGUAGUUCCAAAGAAAUCCGGAGAAAUCCGUCUCUGUGUUGACAUGCUGGAAGCAAAUAAAGCCGUGAAAAGAGAAAAGCACCUCAUGCCAACCCUUGACGAACUCAUUGCUGAUCUUAAUGGCGCAACUGUAUUCAGUACCCUAGAUCUCACGUCUGGCUACCACCAACUCGAACUUGACCCGGAAAGCCGUCAUGUGACAACAUUUUCUACCCAUGUCGGUCUUCGACGAUAUAAGAGACUCAUUGCUGGCAUAAACGCCGCAUCGGAAAUAUUCCAAAAUUCAAUCGCUGAACUUCUUACUGGACUGCCGGGAUGUAAAAACAUUUCCAAUGACAUCAUUGUUUAUGGUCGUGACGUCAGAGAGCAUGACGAAAACCUAAACCGUGUUUUAACCCGUCUACGAGAAUACAACGCCCGCCUCAACCCAACGAAAUGCACCUUCCGUAACUCAAAAGUGAUCUUCUACGGACAUUAAUCCUUCAGCGCAAAGGGAUCAAAGCUGUUCCUCAGAAAAUCAAUGCUAUCAAAACCAUGCAACCUCCAGAAAGUCCAAGUGAAGUCCCUUCUUGGUAUGGCUCAAUAUGUUUCACGUUUCAUCCCUAACUACGCUGCCAUCACUGCCCCUCUACGUGCAUUGACCCAUCAGAAUUCUGUGUGGAAAUGUGACAAAGAAGAAGAAACUGCCUUUCGAAAGCUACAGGAUGAGCUAACCAGUGAUCGAGUUAUGUCCUACUUCGACCCAACAAAGCCCACCGAAGUACUGGUUGAUGCAAGCCCCAUGGGUCUAGGAGCUAUUCUAAUGCAAGAUGGGAAAGUCAUCAGUUACGGAGGUCGCGCGCUGUCCGAUGUCGAAUCGCGUUACUUCCAGACUGAACGAGAGAUGCUUGCAAUCGUCUGGGCAACUGAGCAUUAUCAUCUCUAUCUAUAG